AUGGGCGUCUGUGCUUCUUGCCUUGGGCUAAAUCGCCGAGAAAGCCAUGAUGCCGAGUCCUCGCGUCUGCUGGACGACGAUAUCUACCAGUCCGGCUACGGCUAUGGAGCUCUCAAUCAUGCGAAUCAGAUCAACAACCCCGACCCAGAGAACAUAAAGCGCGAACGAGAAGCCCUCGAAGCAAUCUGCCAGCGAACCUCAGAGUCCGUCAUCGACAUCUGGUCCCUCCAACCGCAACCCCAUCUCCAACCACGCGCCACACUACACGGCUCCGUGGCGUCAAAAGCAAGUUCGAGCAGCGACGUCCCCGUCAGAAUAAUCACGGCCGACCCGUCGAAGUCACCGACAUCAUCCAAGUCUGGCGCCGCAAAUGACGACACCGCCUGCAAGCACUGGGGAGAGGUGGUCAUCAACCCGAGGAAAGGAAAGAAGGCCCGGCCAGGUCUGAACACUGAUGAGACGAACGGUCGAGAUGUCUUUGGCGUUCUGAAGGUGACGUGA